UGUCUUACCAUGCGCUGAACAAAUCUGAGCAUCAGGUGCUAAGCCCUGGGGAAGAUGUCUGCUUGCAAUGCCUUCACUGAGCACGUCUGGAAACCCGGUGAAUGUAAAAACUGCUUCAAGCCAAAAAGUUUGCACCAACUGCCUCCGGCCUCUGAGAAACCUCCCAUUUCAAACGCAAAUCUGAAAACCAAUGCAAACAGCCAGCGCGCUAAGAACACGGGAAGCUUCCGUCCUCCCGUGGCCAAGAAACCGACUAUAGCUGUGAAACCCACCAUGAUGACGAUAGACGGACAGGGCGUCUGUGGCGAGGUCAGCCCGCAAGACCUCUGUGAGAACAAGCCGGCGGUUGUAGGGUGGAACCAAAACAGGACAGUCUUGAACAAAAAACCACUGAAUAAUAACAAUGGAGAAGAGAUAGAAGUUUAUAGCCAAGUUCAUAGACCUUAUGGGAACACUGAUGGUGUUGGGAAGGCUCCAAAUAACAGUAAUGGACUGACCGAAGUGUUGAAAGAGAUUGCAGGCUUGGAGACCACCUCUCUCCUAACAGGAAGCGAAAUGAAUUCAAGGGACGCAUUCUUGGGAAGAAUUAACAAUUGCUAUAAGAAGUCGCUGGAGAGAAAGAUCCCUCCAAGCUGCAUGAUGGGUGGGAUGAAGGACCCCCACAAUAAGCACGUUGUUCUGAGCGGGAGCACUGAUGUGAUAAGUAACGAAGGUGGCCGUUUCUGUUACCCGGAAUUCUCCAGCGGGGACGAGAGUGAGGACGACAUGUUUUUCGGCCACAUGCAAGAAGACCACGAAAGUUGGGAUGAAAGUGACGAGGAGCUGCUGGCGAUGGAGAUCCGCAUGAGAGGACAGCCACGCUUUGCUAAUUUCAGAGCUAACACUCUGUCCCCUGUCCGGUUUUGUGUUGACAAAAAAUGGAACACGGUGCCUUUGAGGAACAAGUCUCUCCAGAGGUUUUGUGCCGUAGACUACGACGAUAGCUAUGAUGAAAUAUUGAAUGGUUACGGAGAAGACCCCAUGAUCCUUUAUGGGCCAGAAAGCGUGCAGAGCAUGGUAUCCUCCAAUUCCACAUCUCCUGAUUCUUCUUUGACCGAAGAGUCUCGUUCUGGGACAACCAGCAGUUCUUCUCAAAAGCUCUGCAACGGUGGAUUGUCUCCCAGUACUCCUAAGGAUAUCAAAUUACUUGAAGAGGGAUAUGAAAGUUUUGGUGACGAUCAGCAGGUAAAAGGGACAGCCAAAAGCCCUCAGAAUGCCACAAAGGUUUUGGAGACUCACAAGGCUGUGCUCGCCCUUAGACUGGAAGAAAAAGACGGUAAGAUCGCUGUCCAAAGCGACAAGCAAGAAUGCAGUAGUCCUUCCAAUAAGCCUGGUCAAGCAGUGAGUUCAAGUAUUCCCCCUGUUGAAGAGCAAGCGAAACCUUACAGGGUAGUGAACAUGGAACAACCAGUGUGCAAGCCAUACACUAUAGUUGAUGUGUCAGCAGCCAUGAAACAUGAAUGUCUGGAGAAUCAGACCAGCAUAGAUACAAAAGUUACUCAGUCUCACCCAAGUCCCUCAGAUACGACAAGUCCAAAUGUUACGUCUCGGUCAGGAUCAUCCAGCCAGGUUAAUACAGAUCUUAAAAAAUCUAGCGCAGUACGAUACCAGGAAGUUUGGACUUCCAGUACUAGCCUACGUCAAAAGAUACCCAAAGUGGAACGAAUUGCUAAUACUCCGGGAUCUUCUGCACCUCCAAGGAAGAACAUCCACAAAUCUGCCCCUACUUCGCCUACAUCAACAAAUAUUUCUACAAAAACCAUCCCCGUAAAGUCCCCUAACCUGUCUGAAAUAAAAUUCAACAGUUACAAUAACGCUGGUAUGCCACCCUUCCCGAUUAUCAUCCAUGAUGAGCCAACGUACGCUAGAAGUUCCAAGAAUGCCAUCAAAGUUCCUAUCGUAAUAAAUCCAAAUGCAUAUGACAACUUAGCCAUCUAUAAAAGCUUUCUAGGGACUAGUGGAGAGCUCUCCGUUAAAGAUAAAACUACGAGCAUGAUAAGCCACACCUACGAAGAAAUAGAAACCGAAAACAAAGCGUCUGAAGCCAUAGCUGGCAAAUCUGAACUUUCCCAAGCCAAAGGGAUCACCAGUAGCACCGAGAGAAGGCUAGGUUCCGUGGCCCAGAAAGUUCAAGAGUUCAAUAGCUGUCUUGGUAAAGGUCAGACUUCACCGAAAUGUUCUGGCCACAGCUCCCCAACAAAAAUCCAAAGAACUGUUCAAGAGCCUGCAGCCAAACUAGAAGAAGCACAGGAGAUACUGGGCGUCGGCCGGGAAAACGCCUGCACAGUGCUGUCUCAGAUUGUGGCGUCUAUCCAGCCUCCGCUAUCACCCCCAGAAGUACCUCAAUCCGCACCCAAGUCUUGCAGCGUAGAAGAACUGUAUUCGCUGCCCCCCGAUGCAGACACAAGUAAAAGCAUCCCGGUGCGACCCAAAUCUCUCUUUACGGCGCAGUCCUGCCCCGAUGCCGAGGUAGUCAAACCCGCAGAAACGUCACAGAAGGAGACCCUGUCAAAGUCGCCGGCCACGCAGUCCUCAAAGCCCUUGGCCGUUCCCCCAAACGCCACAAGCCCCCAAAGCGAGCAGACUCCCCCGUUCCCCCCUCCGCGUUCUACAUCAUCGCCUUACCACGCCAGCAAAGUGUUGCAGAGGCAUUUCAGUAACUGGACCAAACCCAUGAGCCCUACCAGAUCUACAGAGGCCGAAUCGGUGUUGCAUUCAGAAGGCAGGCGCGCCGUUGACGCAAAACCCAAGCGGUGGAUAUCCUUUAAAAGCUUCUUUCGGCGCAGAAAGACUGAGGAUGAGGAAGAGAGAGAGAGGGAGAAGGGGAAACUAGUGGGUCUCGACGGAACCGUGAUUCACAUGCUCCCGCCCCCUCCUGUCCAACGCCACAAUUGGUUCAGUGAGUCCAAAACGGAUUCCAGCGAGAAACCAUCCAUUGUUUUUAUGUUUAAAUGUGAACAAGCCAAGCUUGAGGCAAGAAGCAAGACGGAGGUGGAGUCUGCAGUCGAUGAAGCUGAAACAAAAGGCAGGAGGGAAAGGGAGGGGUCUCCCGAGGUCUCCGAAGAAAACCAGAAGAGUCGUUCUUCUGCAUCUCAGCUUCUGCAGGAAACUAUCAGCUCCCCAGACCCCGGCGGAAUAAAUGCUUCACCCGAGUUCCGAGACAUGCUUAAAAGGUUCAAGAAGGCUCUGAGAGAAUUUCCUUUAAUGGGGAACUGUGUGAGUGAGUACAGUGGUCAAGUGCCUGAUGAGUCCACGUUGGAAAAUGAUGUGUCCCCUCGCAUUCCACGAUCUGUGUUUGAAAAGCGGGCAAGUGGCGGUAAUGCUCCGGCUGUUCCUCUGCCCCCUCCAGAAUUGCUGCAAGGGGAAGAUGAAAGAGAAGAACUGUCUGAUUCUUCUGACCUGAGUGCCUGCAGCGCUACAUACAGUAACCUGGGGCAAUCCAGAGCAGCUAUGAUUCCACCAAAACAACCGAGGCAACCAAAGGGUGCUUUGGACGACGCCAUCGCUUUCGGGGGAAUCUCCGACCCAGACGUGGCAGCUGCCUUGCAUCCGACGCCACCCCCACUGCCCAAGAAGACCAUUCUGAGAGCCCAGACGGAACCGCCCACAAGAGAGCUCCAGAAACAGGCCCUGGAGAGCAGCCUGUGUGUUAUGGCCAAUCCCACCUACGACAUUGACAGCCGCUGGGAAGCAGGCAGCGCCUGCUCUUCCCUCAGCUCAGAGCUCAAGGUCCUGGACGACGACUCGGGGGAUUCCUUAGACGGGCCUCCCAGAAGAGGACUGGCCGUCGCACCAGCAGCCAACAGCUUUGCCGGCCACACUGCUGCCAGCGUUAAGGACCAGUGUUCCAACAGCUCGGAGUCCCUGUCGGGGAGGCCCGCCGCCUCCGGCAAGCGCGGCAGGGCUGUUCAGAAGCCCCAGAGGCAAGCACUUUACCGAGGGAUCGAGAACAGGGACGAGGUGGUGAGCAAGAUCAGGAGCCUUCACACCGACUCCCUGAAGAAACUGUCUGCCAAGUGUGAGGACCUGUUCAUGGCCGGGCAGAAGGAUCAGCUUCGGUUCGGGCUGGACAGCUGGUCAGAUUUCAGGUUAACCAGUGACCGGCCUUGCUGUGAGGCGGGGGACGCUGUCUACUACCCAGCUUCGUACGCAAAAGAUCCGCUCAACAACUAUGCAGUCAAGAUUUGCAAGAGCAAAGCUAAAGAAUCCCAGCAGUAUUACCACAGCUUGGCCAUCCGCCAGAGCUUGGCUAUUCAUUUUAACAUACAGCAGGACUGUGGCCAUUUCUUAGCUGACGUGCCCGUGCGGCUCCUUCCAUGGGAGGAUCCCGACUCUCCAGAGGAUGAGGAAGAGGAGCAGGAAGGAGGAGAGCAGAGGGCCCGCGAGAGCUCCUCUGAGGCAGCAGCAUCCCGGAAAGGCGUCCCGAGCACCCAAGGGACCAUCAGCAAGCAGCGCAGCAGAGUCGUCGUCAUCACCCGCGAGGUUCCCUACCUGACAGUGUCCGACUUUGUGCGGGGGUCUUCCGAACGCCACGCGAGCAACCCGGACUUGUACGAACGGCAGGUGUGCUUCUUCCUCCUGCAGCUGUGCUCCGGCUUGGAGCACCUGAAGCCCUACCACAUCACGCACUGUGACCUGCGCCUGGAGAACCUCUUGCAGGUGGACUACAAACCUGGGGGUGGCCUCCUGGAUGCCGAGUGCAUGGAGCCCGACCCCAACGCCGCCUGCCCCGCCAGGCUGAUCGUGAGCAAUUUCUCUCAAGCCAAGCAAAAGAGCCAUACAGUCGACCCGGAAGUCCUCAGGGACCAAUCCCGCCUGGCCCCGGAGAUCAUCACGGCCACGCAGUAUAAAAAAUGCGAUGAGUUCCAGACGGGCAUCCUCAUCUACGAGAUGCUGCACCUUCCCAACCCCUUCGACGAGAAUCCAGAACUGAAGGAGAAAGAGUACACUCGCGCCGACCUGCCCCGGAUCCCUUGCCGCUCCCUCUACUCCCUGGGGCUUCAGCAGCUGGCAAACUGCCUGCUGAACCCCAACCCUUCGGAAAGGAUCCUUAUCUCCGAGGCCAAGGGGGUCCUCCAGUGUUUGCUUUGGGGUCCUCGGGAGGAUUUGUUUCAGACUCUCAACGCUUGCUGCCGACCGGCGCAGAGGGAGACGGUGCUCCAGAACUGGCUGGACAUCAAGCGGACGCUGCUGAUGAUCAAGUUUGCUGAAAAGUCUCUGGACAGGGAAUGUAAAGUCAGCCUCGAAGACUGGCUGUGUUGUCAGUAUCUGGCUUUCGCCACGACAGACUCGCUCGACCGUGUGGUGAAAAUCAUGCAGCGGCGCUAGCUGCCG